CUUCGUGUCAGUCCGUUGUUGCUGCUACACCAGAGCACGCUGCAUGCACUCUUCACACCAUCUUUUCUCCACGAUACACAAUUAAUGAAAAUAAUGCUCGGCAAUGAUGCUUUACCGCACAUCUUCUCUUUUAUUCUCUUUUGCACUGGACUAAAGGCAACAUCAGCGCAAUCUUUCAUGUAUGAGACAGAUGUGGUUGUACCGCAGGAGCUGCGGCAAGAGGAGUUACACCUGCUCCAGGGAGCCAAUAGGUGGAGCAGAGGUCGCAGACGACGUUCAGACCACCAGCAGGAAGGCCACCUGUUUCUGCGGCUGCCCGCUUUCAUAAAGGAACUGUAUUUGCUGCUCCAGAGAGAUGACUCUUUCCUUGCGGAGGGGUUUGUGACAGAGGAGAGGAGCAAGGAGGGAAGCGUUCAGCACGAGCCGGUUUUCGGGGUCCACCGAUGUUUCUAUACUGGAUCUGUUCUCAAUCACACUGACUCUUUUGCCUCAUUGGACAUUUGUGGGGGACUGACUGGCCUUGUUCAGUUUGGAGAUGAAAGCCUGUUCAUCGAGCCAGUGGGUCAGGCUGUGGAUUCCUUCUCUGGCCGGGAACACAGAGUUAUCCGGCAAAAACAUUAUUUCAUGGAGAGUCCUGCUGCUGCUGCAAACACCAGCCCAAAAUUCUGCCAAACGCUCCAAGACAAGAAAAAGCAAAAAAAGGCAAAAGGAGUAGAAGAGGCACGCGGCAGGAGAAACACCAUCAGGCUGAGCAGAGAAUAUACAGUGGAGACGGUAGUGGUGGCAGAUGCAAACAUGGUGCAGUACCAUGGUGCUGAGGCUGCACAGCGCUUUCUGCUCACCGUAAUGAACAUGGUGUACAGCAUGUUUCAGCACCAGACUUUGGGUGUGAGGCUUAACAUCCGGGUCACCAAAUUGGUUCUCUUGCACACCCGUCCAGAAAAGCUGAAGGUGGGCCACCAUGGAGAAAAGGCCUUGGAGAGCUUCUGUCACUGGCAGCAUGAGGAAUACGGUAGCCAAUUCCUGGGCAACAAUCACGUUCCUGGUAGCAGAGAUGACCCACCUUCUGUGGACGCUGCUGUGCUUGUCACCAGAACAGAUUUUUGCGUCCACAAAGACGAGCCUUGUGACACAGUCGGAAUCGCUUAUCUGGGCGGCACCUGCAGCUCUAAGAGGAAGUGUGUGCUGGCGGAGGACAACGGACUCAACUUGGCCUUCACUAUUGCUCAUGAGCUGGGCCACAACAUGGGCAUGAGCCACGACGACGAUCACACCAGCUGCACGGGCCACUCCCACAUCAUGUCUGGUGAAUGGGUCAAGGGUCGUAACCCCAGUGACCUUUCCUGGUCCACCUGCAGUCGUGACGACCUGGAAAAGUUUCUCAGAUCCAAGUCAAGUGCCUGUCUGCUGCAUACAGACCAACGUAACCGCUACCUUAUUCGUCUGCCAGCCAAACUCCCUGGGAUGCACUACAGUGUUGACGAACAGUGCCAGAUUCUUUUUGGAAUCAAUGCAACCUUCUGCACUGAUAUGGAGCACCUGAUGUGUGCAGGACUUUGGUGUUUGGUGGAUGGGGACACAUCAUGUAAGACCAAACUGGAUCCACCACUAGAUGGCACAGAAUGUGGUGCUGACAAGUGGUGCAGGGCCGGUGAGUGUGUCAGUAAGACACCAAUCCCCCAGCAUGUGGAUGGAGACUGGAGUCUAUGGAGUGCAUGGAGCAUGUGCAGCCGAACAUGUGGCACAGGAGUGCGCUUCAGACAGAGGAAAUGUGACAACCCCCCGCCUGGUCCAGGAGGGAAGAACUGUCAGAAGGCCAGCGUGGAGCACAAAGUGUGUGAGGGACCACCAUGUUUGAAAGGUCUGCCCACUUUUAGAGACCAGCAAUGUCAGUCACAUGACCGACAGGCCACCAAGAUGCAAAGGCAAAUGUGGACAGCUGUGAUCAAUGAUGAAAAGCCUUGUGCUUUGUAUUGUACGCCAUUCAGCAGGGAAGCUCCGGUGCUAGUGGCAGAGCGCGUUCUGGAUGGAACACUAUGUGGACCCUAUGAAAGUGACCUGUGUGUGAGCGGAAAGUGUCAGAAAAUAGGUUGUGAUGGCAUUAUUGGUUCGUCUGCUAAAGAAGACUGGUGUGGUGUAUGCAAUGGCGAUGGCAAAUCCUGCAAGAUCAUCAAAGGAGACUUCCACCACUCUAAAGGGAUGGGUUACAUCGAGGCAGCUGUAAUUCCUGUGGGAGCUCGACGAAUCAAAGUUCUGGAGGUCAAGCCAUCCCAUAGCUUUCUGGCUUUGAAGGACUCCAGCAAGCGAUCCAUAAACAAUGACUGGAAAAUCGAGCUGCCAGGGGAGUUUGAGCUUGCUGGCACCACGGUUCGCUAUGUGAGAAAAGGACUUUGGGAAAAGAUGUCUGCCAAGGGACCCACUAAGACUCCACUUCACCUCAUGGUUCUUUUGUUCCACGAUCAGACGUAUGGGAUCCACUAUGAGUACACUGUUGCCCUGAACCAGUCCCAAAAGAACAGCAGCGAGAUUGAGAAAGAACCAGAACACAUGUUUCUGUGGACUCACAGCAGCUGGGAGGACUGCAGUGUGCGAUGUGGCGGAGGAGAGAGAAGGACUGUGGUCUCGUGCAUGAGAAUCCUUAACAAGACCAUGACACAAGUGAAUGACAGCAACUGUCAGGUGGAGAACAGACCCCCACCUCAAGUCCGCCCGUGCAACACCCACCUCUGCCAAUACAGGUGGGUAACUGCUGACUGGGGGCAGUGUUCAGUAACUUGUGGUAAAGGUCUGCAACAAAGGGAAGUUGGCUGUGUUUACCAACUGCAAAAUGGCACUUACAUUCCCACCAGAGACCUGUACUGUAUCAGCUCCAAACCAGCCAAUAUACAGCUCUGUGAGGGUCGACACUGCCUCACUGUGUGGGAGGCCUCCGAGUGGUCCAAGUGUUCAUCUGAAUGUGGUCAAGGCAGCAGGAAACGGACUGUGACCUGCACGAAUCCUCUGGGUCUCUGUGAUCCUGCGUCUCGCCCUGCAGAUGUGGAGACCUGUGAGGAUCAUUCCAGAUGUUACGAGUGGAAGACUGGUGAAUGGUCCAAGUGCUCAUCAUCCUGUGGGCGGGGCUUGCAAUCCAGAGUGGUCCAAUGUAUGCACAAAGUGACCGGUCGUCAUGGCAGUGACUGCCCUGGAGUUCUGAAACCCCCUGCAUACAGGCAGUGCCAUCAGGUGGCAUGUAAUGUAAAAGUCAACGUCAACACCAUCACCUCCCCUAGACUAGCUGCACUGACAUACAAGUGCACAGGGGAUCAGUGGGCAGUAUACUGCAGGGUGAUCCGAGAGAAGAACCUGUGCCAGGACAUGCGCUGGUAUCAACGCUGCUGCCAAACCUGCAAAGACUUUUAUACCAACAAAAUGCCACCCAAGAGUUAAUGACCACAGCACUCAAACACAUAGAGGUUUAUUUUUGCCUUUUAAAUUUGUACUGGCAAGAAUAAUAUGUUAUUAUUAUUAUUAUUAUUAUUAUUAUUAAUAAUAAUAAUAUUCGUAUAAAAAAUUAAAUUAGCCUGAGACUAGUGAAACAACUAAAGAGGUGCGCACAAGAUAUUUCCAGCAGAAUUUUUAGUCACGAAACAUAUUCUACACAAUAAUGUGAACAUAAAUGCCUUUAGCAACUCUAUUUUUUGUGCAUUAUUCAGUGUAUGACUGUAAAAUAUAAUGCUAGUAUGUAUAGCAUUCUCAGCAUUGCCACAAGGGAUGUAUAGCUACAUAAGCAUAAAAUGUCUUCUACACUCACUAAGUAUGAAUUGCUUGCAAUGCUCUGUCUGCUCUGAUUUAAUGCCCCAUUCAAUAAGGAAGUUUUGCAGAUCGGUUCACGGCGCAAACAGGUUUCAGCAGAUCACCAUGAUCUGGCACACUCUGCGAGACACCAUCAAUCUACUACUAUGAUCCAGACACCUGAAUCAUCUUUUUAACAUGCCAAAAGCGUGCUUAACUACACCAUCUCAAUGUAUGCCAGGCUAUAAUGCUCUUCUACAUCAUUUUAUCAUUAUUUGACGAAUUACUACUUCCUUCAUUGACAGAAAAUGUACACAAAGAUCCCUUUGAUAUAAAAUUCAUUUUACCACCUGCUUUCAUCUGGCAGUAAUAGCACGUUUUGUGAAUGAAGUGCAGUCUAAAAUAAUUUACAUUGAAAGGAGGCAUGUUUGCACAGAAAGGAAUGACAAUGACUUGAUUUAAAUACUGAAGUGCUAUUUCUGCUCUUAUUGUGUCUGCUUUAACUAGAUUGUGAGGACAAGACAGCUUUUGGUGCUGAAAUACCAUGCAAAAGUGGCCCCUUGGUUUUCUUUUUCAGGUCAACUACUGUCAUGGUGGAGGAACAAUUGUUAGAGAAUCUUUCGGAGAAAAGUAGUUAAAGUAAGGUAACACUAUAGCCCCUUAAGCACUGAAGAUUGUUACCACCACAGAACAUAUAAGAGUGCACGCUAAAAAUGUGCUGGCCAAGAAUUUGCAUGUGUUUGCAUUCUUGUGUAAAGUAUGUUUCUGGCCUUAAAGCUUGUUUUAACUUGAAAAGACUCCAUGUAUAAGUCAGGUUUUGCUGUAAACCAAACUUGAUCCUGGACUUCAGCAUACUGGCCUGCCUUUUGUACUGUGGGUUAAGCUGAAAUUAAUUUUGUUUUAAGAUAACCAGCUGAGGUUGAUUUUAUUUAUUUUUUAAGGCCACUGGUUGGCUAAAAACCCAUGAGCGUUUCAACAACAGCUUUUUCAAAUUUUCUGAUCAUGAUCCUCAGUAUGUGCUUUGUAUAUUGUUGCUUUUAUUUUAUAGUUAGUAUUAUAGUAACUAGUGUUGUUAUAUAGACACUAGUCCAAAACCUAUUGAGCUGCCUACAUGAAUAUCAGCCAUCCAAGGUAGCGUUAUAUGAAGGGUUUGAAAUUAACACCUGCUAAAUGCAGGUAAAAAUCUCCUUCACUCUUACUCGUCAGGCGGGUGACUUUUUCCAGGUUUUUCCUGCAUUGAAAAUCUGUGGAUGUUGGGUGACUUGGGCUGCUGCCAAAGCAAAUAUAAUUGUAUUGGUCUUGCGUUCUUGUUCUUCUGAUGUGCGCUGCAGCGAUUCACAGCGCACAUCAGCAUGCUCCAGAGAUGAGAUCACUGGAGCUUUGGGACAGAGGCUUUGAUAUUGCGGCGGCUGGCGGAGACCACAAAACAAUAACGACAAUAAUCUAUCUAUGUUAAGCUAACCACAGUAAUGAGGAGCCAUCCUUGGUCUUACCUGUAGUUAUUGCCUUAUUAUUACAAAUGCUAUUAUUAUACAAUGGUAGAACCAUUGGUAAAUGUUAAUAAUAGCAAGUACAUUUUAGAAUUAAGGUGUUUAAACAUCUGUGAAUAAAGGACAGAAAUGGAUAAGUUAUCCUGCUCUUCUAUCCUACGCCUGUUCUCACUGCCUAUGUUUGAGUUUAGAUAUUCUAAAGGUGACUUAAAUCGUUAGGCUUGUGCCCUUUCUUGUUUAAACAAAAGUCCAAACAAAUGUAUGCAGUUACAGUCUCCAGAUAACCUGAUGCGAAGGAUUUUGGAUAGUGAAAAUGCUGAAUGGCUAGUGACCUUGGAACACUACUAGCCACUGUGGCCGGUGAACUAAAAAGUUACAUUCAAACCCUGAUUAUAUGGGAUCGCCUUCCUGGCAAAGAAUCCAGUACAUGUGAUGCUGCCCUGGGAUUGGCCAAAAGAAGGUACUAUAUCUUAAAAUGCUGCAUAAUAAUACCUAAGUGAGGGAGAGCCUUGGCAUCCUAUGAUGCCUUAAAAUGCUGCCUAUGUAGGCAGCUCAAUAGGUUUUGGAACAGAGCCAUAAUGACAACUAAUAUAACUUGUGUUAUUUAAUGAAAAAAGAGCCAAUGUUAUAACAACUGAGGUAAGCAGUGGGUCCAUUAAAGAAGACACAGAAUGUGGCCACUAUCUUUUUCUCAUGGUGCAGUAAACACUGGCCCUUCUUCUGGUUAUAAUCACGUUAUUAUUCACAAUUUAUAUAUACUUUAGAUGUCUGUUGUCAUUAAGUUUUACACACAUAUUUAAUAGAGCACAGCACAUGAUCUCUUUUGUUGUAUUGAGAGAAAGAGAUAUUUCAUUGUCUUUUGUUGAUCCAUUUUUGACUUUUCAGAUUAGUUACAGCAUGCCUUGUAUUGUUGUAUCAUUAAAUGUUAAAGGUGCACUUUUUGUUUGUGUCAUCUUGGACUUACAGUGACACCUAGUGGUUUGGCCUAUGCAUCAAUCAAAACCAAAUGUUUUCAGUUGCAGAUGCCAUUGAAGAAAUUCACUAUUCACAAUCAGCCAUGAUUAAUUUAAUCCAAGAGUGAAGAGUCUAAUUACAAGAUGGUUACUGAGAUUAAGUGAGUAGUAUUCUGCUGGUCAUGUGAUUCUAAAAUGGCAACCCCCAUGAGGGCACCCCUCCCCCAUGUAGAAUAAAACAGCUUUUAUUAGGUUACUGAUAUGACUAGAGUCCUCAUCUCAUGUGAGCGAUCAUGAUUUUAUACAUGCGUUUCAAAAGUAAAACUUUUUUAAUUGGAAAAAAAAUUCUGAAUGAACCUUUAAAUGAUUAGUUCACCCAAUAAUUAAAAGUAUAUCAUCAUUGUACUCUCUUGUUAUUCCAAACCAGUAUGGCUUUCUUUGAAGAAAUGUAAGAAAGUUUAUGCUGAUCUUUUCCAUACUAUGGGCCUAUUCUUAAAUAUAUGAGUAAAUUCUGCAAGUAAUUUGUAUGUAAAAUUUACAUUUCCGGAAACGUUCCUCCAGAUUCAUGAAUGAUUCAUACCCACCAAAUUUAUUAUUAAAUAUCUGUAUGUUAGUUGAUUCCAAACAUUCGUAAAUGGGGCGCGCAAGCAUGUUUAUUUACAAUUAUCAUAAUCCGCGGCCAUGAAAGCAGCCCUAUAAGGCCGGCGCCAGAUUUGCUUGUAAAUGUGAAUAGGGAAAUGUGGAAAAGUAAUGAAAGGGGUUUAAAAUUAAGUCAAUUCAAAUCACAAAAUGUAGACUUGGCAAACUCACUGGUGAGGUCACAAAGAAAGUGAGGAACUUAAUGUAUCGCAUGUUCUAGCUGACAUCGGAGGUCCUUUUGUGAAGUAAAUGAUCCAAGAGGUCAAUAAAAAUUAUUUGACAUGAAGCUUUAGUGUAAAAAAAAAAUCAGUUUACGCCGACAAGAGGAUGUUCACCACCAUUAACCUUCUGGUUCAGUCAGUCAUCGCAAGCAGCAUUGGUGAAAAUUAUUGUGGUAACAGUGAUAUGCUUUCAUUGCAACUGCAAGAAUCUUCAGAUAAAUAAAUAGAAUGCCUGAAGCUCUUUGACCAAAAUAAUAAAGCUUUGCAAGCCACGACAGUGUGCUCGGCUUAUUUUGUAUUUGUUCUGCUAUAUUCUGUACACACCUGCCCGUGAUGUGUGUAUUUAAAGGUUUAACAGCAUUAAAUGCUUUAAAAACUCAUCUUGAUUUAUUGAUAACUAAUCUAAAUUAUGAAACCAAAAUUAUAGAGCUCAUAUCAAAUGAAGAAACUGUUCAACCAAUAACAUUAGAGAGCAUUUAAGAAAGAAAGAGAGAAAUUUGAGCUCAAACUGCAUUUUUCCUUUUAACACCUUGCCAAGCACUUCAGCUGGAAAAACGAUAUAUGCAAAGUUGAGAAUAUACUUUGAAGAAAUAAUUGCAAGCAUCAAGGACAAAUUGUAUGUGCUUUAAAAAGAGAACAACAAACACCUUUUUUUUAUUUUUACUAUUUUAUUAUUAUUAUUAUUAUUUUAAGAUUCCUUUGACUAAUUUCAUUAUUAGUUAUUUUUUUCAUUACUUAUUUUCAUUUAACUUCGUUUACAUUUUGAAACAAUGUAGUCAUGGCAGUUUGUCAGAAAGAACAACACAUUUUCAGAUACUUAAUGCAUGUUUUACGCAUAGUUGGGAGCAGGUGAACAUUUUGUUUGGACCAAUCUUUUGAAAAUACAAAAACAUUCAUGAAUCAUAAAAUUUAUGUCAGAACAGCUUUACGGAUGAUUGACAUAAAAAUUAGUGGUACUCUUGUUUCAUGAAUGAGGCCCAAUGAGAGUAUAUAGUGACCAGUGGCUGUCAAGCUUCAAAAAGUAUCAUGCAAAAGACAAACAACAAAAGUAGUCCAUACGACUCUUGCUUUAUAUUCCAAGUCUUGUCAAUCUCAUUUUCACCUCUGCAUAUUGAAAUGGUUAUGAAGAAGUUAUUGUGUGUCUUCAUAAGACUUGGAAUCUAGCAUGUGAGUCAUAUGGACUACUUUAUUGUACCUUUAUGAAACUUGACAGACCGUGGUCACUAGAUGCUCUCAUUAUAUGAAAAAAGCACUGUAAACAUUCUAUAAAAUUUCUCCUUUUGUUGCAUGGAAUUAAGAAAGUAAAGUCUAGUCUGGAACAACAUGAGGAUAAGUAAAUGAUUAUAGAAUUUUCAUUUUUGGGUGAACUAUCCCUUAAAGGUUUGGUGAAAUCAGGAUACAGGAUGUGGCAUAUCUGUGUCUAAUAUCAGAAUCAUCUUUUGGUCUGAUGUGUUGUGUUGCCACAGUUGAUGCACUCAUACACACUGUGGGCUAUUAUUGACAAUCUACAUUAUCUGCUUUCACAAAGUAUUCAUGUGCCUUAAUUUAAAAUGUAAGAGUAAUUAUUUUAGUUCUCACUUUGUGCAAUAUAGACAGUAAAUGUACUAGCAUAUCCCAUUUGUGGACAAAGAUAGUCUGGUUGGAAAGGCUCUUCCCAAUAUUAUUUGAAAUCAGAAUCUGAAGGUUUCUUUUAUAGGAUAUCACAAGGUGCAAUACACCCACAAGAGAUUGGAUAUGGUCUUAAAAUUUGAACUUUUAUCAUAUGUUUGUUUAAGCCCCAUGGCCAGAAGUAACACUGCGUUGUGCGUAUGUGUAUAUGCGCCAAAACCUUGUGAGCUGACUAAGGCACACUUCAUAUCAAAUUGAAGAACGAACUGGUGUGACAUCAUUUAGAACAAACUCAAAACUUAUUUUAGUGGUUCCUAACAGCUUGCCAGGACAAACUUUCAGGAAAAUGUACCGGCUGCUAAACACCUUCUUACUGCCAUUGGUCAAAGUUAUCGGUAGGCGUGACCUGAAGUUCCACUGUUCAAUUUGAACACAACAGCAUGCAGACUUAGUAAGCUGGUGCAAAUUUACCUAUAUCUGUAUGAUUGUUCAGGAAGAGACAUUUUCCAAGAACAUUGAAACAUUUUAUUUUAAUCAAAAAAAGAAAUCAAAUAUACUCAAAUACUCUUAAGUGCCAAUUUACUCUGUUGUUUGAUAUGCUGCUUUACUCAUGUGCCUUCUGCCAUUCACACAUCUGUCCAAAAUAAGAUACACCUAUCAUCAUUCUUUUGUCUGUAUUCUGCCCAUUUACACUCUUUUAUACAUCCAUCUUUGCAGUAGUAUCAUCAUAAAUUACAAUAACAGUGUGAUUGGCUUAUAUUAUGGCAGCAUGUAGUGUUUUAGUGAAUAAAUGCCAUGAAUGCAAAAGGUAAACAUGACAACUUCUAUAUUAUAUACUGCAUAUAUACAGUACAUCGAGUUGUUGAUACAGCUUCUUUUACUUAUCUUGUGUUUUUUACUGAUUCUACUUAGAAUUUGACUCAAAGAAGGUAUCUUAGAAGGCAGCAUAAGGUUGUACCUUCUUAUUAGCAGUGCACAUAUGAUGCCUUAAAAUACUGUCUCGUUAGGCAGCUCAUUAGGUUUUGGAACAAAGCUUAUAUGUGUGUGUUUAUGCCUCCAAGUUUGUGUAGAGACCUUGGCUCCUACAUACCCAGAGAGCACAAGGUUACAACAGGUGCUAGACAAAUUUCACUACUGUGAAAUUCAGCAUUUUAUUUUUCUUCUUUUUUUCAUGUUUUAUUCUUGUACAUUUGUAUGUAUUUAAAUGAAACAUGUUUUGUUGUGUUUAAGGUUAUUUAAUGCAUAAUGUAGCUACCUGCUUAUAUCAAAACUAUUUGGUGCAAAACCUUUUCACAGGUAUAGUGAAAUUUUCUUACAUAUUCCAGUACUGUAUGUCAUAAGUUGCACAAAUAGAUUGGUGCUGAGUUGAGCAUUUCAAAAUGUUCAUACAAAUAUAUAUAUAUAUAUAUACACACAGUUGAAGUCAGAGGUUUACAUACACCUUAACCAAAUAUAUUUAAACUUGGUUUUUCACAAUUCCUGACAUUUAAUCGUUAAAAACGUUCCCUGUUUUAGGUCAGUUUGGAUCACUACUUUAUUUUAAGAAUGUGAAAUGUUAGAGAAAAUGAUAUAGAGUGAUUUAUUUCAACUUUUAUUUCUUUCAUCACAUUCCCAGUGGGUCAGAAGUGUACACACACUUUGUUAGCAUUUGGUAGUAUUGCCUUUAAAUUGUUAACUUGGGUUAACGUUUUGGGUAGCUUUCCACAAGCUUCUCACAAUAAGUUGCUGGAAUUUUGGCCCAUUUCUCCAGACAGAACUGGUGUAACUGAGUCAGGUUUGUAGGCCUCCUUGCUCACACACGCUUUUUCAGUUCUGUCCACAAAUUUUCUAUUGGAUUGAGGUCAGGACUUUGUGAUGGCUACUCCAAUGCCUUGACUUUGUUGUCCUUAAGCCAUUUUGCCACCACUUUGGAGGUAUGCUUGGGGUCAUUGUCCAUUUGGAAGACCCAUUUGCAAUUGGCUAAUGCUGAUGUCUUGAGAUGUUGCUUCAAUAUAUCCAUAUAAUAUUCUUCCUUAUGAUGCCAUCUAUUUUGUGAAGUGUACCAGUCCCUCCUGCAGCAAAGCACCCCCACAACAUGAUGCUGCCACCACCAUGCUUCAUGGUUGGGAUGGUGUUCUUUGGCUUGCAAGCCUCACCCUUUUUCCUCCAAACAUAACGAUGGUCAUUAUGGCCAAACAGUUUCAUUUUUGUUUCAUCAGACAAGAGGACAUUUCCCCAAAAAGUAAGAUCUUUGUCCUAAUGUGCACUUUCUUUAUGGUGGUUUUGAAGCAGUGACAUCUGCCUCCUUGUCUACCUGGUUCCUCCAACAUCUUCACAAGGUCCUUUGCUGUUGUUCUGGGAUCUGAUUUGCACUUUUCGCACCAAACUACGUUCAUCUCUACGAGACCGAAUGCGUCUCCUUGAGCGGUAUGAUGGCUGCGUGAACCAUUUGUGAUGACAUAUCAUUUUUGUCUUUGCAGGCUCCCGAUCACAAUUAUUAUGGUAUAAUGCAUUUCUCAUACCUGCUUGUGUCCAGAUACACCGCCUUCAGAGAACAGAUCCCAUUCUUUAAAUCUGCAGGCUCACGGCAGACGAACGCUAAUAUUCAUCACAGCAUUGCACAUUCAUUGCAUCAGCGGGAGACUAACACAUGUGUUGUUCUGUUCAUGGCAAGUUUUCAUGGUAAAUCCAAAGAGAUAAAAUUUAGUACUUCACAUAACACAUAGACAUCGUCUUUAGUUGUUAAACAGCUGCUGCUUGUACUCACAUUGAUAACAUAAUCGGACCGCGGUUCGGACCCAAAAAAUAUGAUGUGCACAGAGACCAGCGGGGACAGGGUGAGGGGGGAGGAAACGAACUCUGGUUCGGUCCAAGCAAUUGAACCAAGUGUGAAAGUACCCUUAGUGUAUGUAAACUUCUGACCCACUGGAAUUGUGAUAUAGUCAAUUAAAAGUGAAUCAAUUUUUACAGUCUGUAAAAAAUUGUUUGAAAAAUUACUCAUGUCAUGUGCAAAGUAGAUGUCUUAAACGACAUGCAAAAACUAUAGUUUGCUAAUAUGAAAUCUGUGGAGUGGUUAAAAACUUCUGAUUUCAACUAUAUAUAUAUAUAUAUAUAUAUAUAUAUAUAUAUAUAUAUAUUAUAAUUCAUUUAUAUCCUGUAUUACAACAAUGUUGUAAUGUGCUGUUUGUGUGUAAAUAGAUUGUAUUAACUUGAUCUUCAGUUUCACAACUGUAUGGUUCUCCAUGGAGAAAAUAAUUUUAGUGUUAACAAAUACAUUAUAACAAUAUGAAAUCAUAAACAUUAUCACUGCACUCUCAAACAUCUUAUAUAUUUGAAUAUUUUUCAAUAAACUGAAAAUAUAUCACACUAUUUGU